GUAAGGCUCGAACUCCAAGCGCCACUUUCUACGGGAUGUAUGGCUGCAUCUCUUUUGGAAGGUGUGGGAUUGACUCUGCUCCUCACUCUGUUUGAAGUGUAACCGUGAUGCGUGUGUUCAUUUUUUUCUCCAGUAAAUUGGCUACUGGUUUUGCUUUCGCUAAAACAUGCGUCAAUGUCGCUACAUUUCUACGGAUUAAUGCAUACGCAAAAUAUUGAUACGUUCAACACGACGUGAAUAUGGAUUUUAUCUUUGUUUCAAUACUUUUUAUAUUUAUCGACGCGAUUUACGCAGUGUCCCGCUAUGGAAAUCUCCAACCAUACAUGCCCAACGUGUGUGCAGAGCGGGAAGUGAUGCUCGUUGCCCAAAGGCAGCCCUGUGUGCAGGCCUUCACACGCAUGGUCAAGGUCUGGAAGCAAGGCUGCCUAGGACAGAACUGGUGCAUGGGAUACGAGAGAAGGACAGCGUAUUACACAGCAUACAGACAAGUCUACAGACAAGACUACCGGGCGGUUUACAAGUGCUGUCCUGGAUGGUCUCAACUCAACGGAGAGGCUGGCUGCUUGUAUCCGGUGUGCAGCUACGGCGUGUGCUUCAACGGGGGCCAGUGUCGACAGGGAUCCCGCUCCAGCUCCCAGCUCUGUGAUUGUCCUGCUGGCUUCAAUGGGCCCAGUUGCCAGUAUGAUGUAAAUGAGUGUGAGGAGACUAACGGCGGUUGUGAGGCUCUGUGCUGCAACACCAUCGGCAGCUUCUACUGCAAGUGUCCUUCUGGUGAGCAGGUGAAGGACGACGGCAGGACCUGCCAAGAUAUUGAUGAGUGCCAGGUACACAACGGGGGCUGCCAGCACGGUUGUGUGAACUCCAGGGGCUCCUAUCACUGUGAAUGUAACCCAGGCUCUCGACUCCAUGUGGAUGGACGCACCUGCAUCGCUGUCCAGUCAUGUGGAAUCAGUAAUGGAGGAUGUGAGCAUUUCUGUGUACAGCAGUCCCCUGCUGCCUUCCGCUGCCGCUGUAGAGACCAAUAUGUGCUGGCUGAAGAUGGCAAGCACUGCAAAUUGGAGAAUCCAUGUCUAGAUAAGAAUGGUGGCUGCCAGCAUGACUGUCUUGUUGAUCGUGGCAAGGCCCACUGUGAAUGUAGAAAUGGGUACAAGCUGGCAGAGGACAGGAAGACCUGUGAGGAUAUUGAUGAGUGUGAGUCGGAGCAGACGGGCUGUGCUCAUGGCUGCCACAACAUCCCGGGCUCCUUCGCCUGUGUGUGUGACACUGCCUACGAGCUGGGAGCAGACGGACGCCAGUGCUACCGAAUUGAGAUGGAGAUCGUCAACAGCUGUGAGAGCAACAACGGAGGCUGCUCCCAUCACUGCCAGCACUCCACCGGCGGCCCUGUCUGUAGCUGUAACCAGGGUUACCGACUGGAGGAGGACCUCAAGACCUGUGUUGACCUGGACGAGUGUGGAGAGGGAAGCUCCUGCUGUGAGCAGGACUGUACCAACUACCCUGGGGGCUAUGAGUGCUACUGCACAGCGGGGUACCGCCUCAACUCAGACGGAUGUAGCUGUGAUGAUGUGGAUGAAUGUCUGGCAGCUAACGGUGGCUGUGAUCACAUGUGCCAGAACACCGCCGGCUCCUUCCAGUGUUUCUGCCGCCGAGGCUUUCGUCUGGACGAGGACCGACACUCCUGUGAACCGAUGGAGAAUACAGUUGAGGCCCUGUAUAGUGGGGGCCAGGAUGCCGUGGGGCCCAUGCCUCAGCCUCAGCUCACCCUGCUGCAGGACUACAACCAGCCCCUGGAGCGCUAUGAUGACUAUGAGGAUGACGACACUGGAGAGUUGCUGGCUGAGAGCAUGUUGGCAGAGAAAUUUGUGUGUCUGAACAACACGUUUGGCCAUGACUGCAGUCUGACCUGUGAAGACUGUUCUAACGGAGGGCUGUGUGGCCCAGGGAGAGAUGGAUGUCACUGUCCCGAUGGAUGGACAGGCCUCAUUUGCAACCAGACUUGUCCUGAAGGAUCCUUUGGCAAGAACUGCUCAUUUCCCUGUAAGUGUAAGAACGGAGCCACCUGUGAUCCUGUCAAUGGGAACUGUCGCUGCCCACCUGGCGUCAGUGGAGAUAUGUGCCAGGAUGGCUGUCCUAAGGGCUUCUAUGGGAAACAGUGCAAUAAGAAGUGUAACUGUGCCUGUAACGGGCGCUGCCACCGCACCUACGGAGCCUGUCUGUGUGACCCUGGACUCUACGGGAGGUUCUGCCAUCUACCAUGUCCCAAGUGGGCCUUUGGACCGGGCUGUUCAGAGGAGUGUCAUUGUGUCCAACAGAACACUCUAGAGUGUCACCGUCGCCAUGGCACCUGUGUCUGCAAGCCCGGUUGGCAAGGCAAUGCAUGCAGGGAAGAGUGUGACCCAGGCACGUUUGGCCCAGGCUGUGAGAACAAGUGUGAGUGCCCGCUUGGACUGUCUUGUGAUCAUGUGACUGGGAAGUGCCAACGUCUGUGCCCGGCUGGUCUCCGUGGAGACACCUGUGAUCAAGCCUGUCCAGAGGGGAGGUUUGGGCCAGGCUGCCCUCAGGCCUGUGACUGCUCAGGGGCUCCGUGUGACAGAGUGAGCGGCCAGUGUCAGUGUCCUGCUGGAACGUCAGGAAAACGCUGUGAGAAUUUGUGUGUGGAGGGAUCCUGGGGCGCGGGCUGCCAUGAGGCCUGUCCAGUCUGUGAGAAUGGAGGAGUGUGUGACAAACACAACGGAACCUGUUCCUGUCCUCCUGGGUACAUGGGCAGGCUCUGUCAGAACUCAUGUCCGGCAGGACGGUUUGGUGUUGGAUGCCAGCUGCGCUGCGUGUGUGAAAACAGUGGGCGCUGCCACCCUGUCACGGGCCGUUGUACUUGUAACCCUGGCUGGGCAGGACAUAACUGCAGGAAAGCCUGUGACUCUGGGCGCUGGGGAGUGGACUGUGCUGAGAAAUGUGACUGUAAGAAUGGGGAUGGGAGCUGUGACGCAGUGACGGGCCACUGUAACUGUGAGGCCGGCUACACAGGGACACAAUGCCAUGAAGAGUGUCCAGUGGGGUCUUUCGGUCUGGGCUGUCGGCAUCACUGCCAGUGUGACAACAAGGGGUCAUGUGACCAUGUAAGUGGAGCAUGCACCUGCCUGGUGGGCUGGACUGGAACCUUCUGUGAGAAACCCUGUCCCCAGGGCUUCUAUGGGGCAGACUGCCAGGAGAAGUGUGUCUGUCUGAAUGGAGGUCACUGCAACCAUGUCACUGGGACGUGUGUGUGUCCAGCUGGUUGGAUCGGUCCCACCUGCAAACUGACAUGCCCGGCUGGUUUCUAUGGGGAGGGCUGUAACCAAACCUGCGGUUGCCAUAACAAUGGCAACUGCCACCCGGCGAACGGGCAGUGUGUCUGUACACCUGGCUGGACAGGGCCCAGCUGCUCACAGGAAUGCCCAGUGGGCUUCUAUGGGGCGGACUGCCGUCAGCACUGCCUGUGUCAGAAUGGAGCCAAAUGUGACCGAAUCAGUGGGCAAUGUACCUGUGCCAACGGGUGGAUGGGCGCAGCCUGCGGGCUAGAGUGUGUAUCAGGGCGGUUCGGGGCCGACUGCCAGCAGCAGUGUCAGUGUGAGAAUGGGGGCCACUGCGACAGACAGACGGGCCAGUGCAACUGUGGUCCUGGCUGGAUCGGAGAGCGCUGUGAAAAAGCCUGUGGGUCAGGCCUGUUUGGAGCUGGCUGUGAGGAGAGUUGUCAGUGUGAGCAUAUAGCCCCCUGUCACCACGUUACUGGGCACUGCCUCUGUCCACCAGGUUGGAGGGGACCCCACUGUGAUAAAGCCUGUUUACCUGGAACCUAUGGCAAGGGCUGUGUGCAACGCUGCACCUGUCCCCAGGGUACUUCCUGUCACCAUGUCUCUGGGGAGUGUGGCUGUCCCCCUGGACUCACUGGAAAUGGCUGUGAACAGACCUGUCUGUCAGGGACACAUGGACUCAACUGUAACCAGGUGUGCCAGUGUUCUGAGACCAACCAGCUCUGCCACCCAGUGACUGGGUUGUGUUACUGCGCACCAGGCUUCCAAGGUCCUAAAUGUAACCAGGAGUGUCAGGAAGGUUGGUAUGGUCGCGACUGUGAGCGAGAGUGCCAGUGUCAGAACAGUGGGAAGUGCAGGUCCACCUCUGGCACCUGUGAAUGCACAGCAGGGUUCAUCGGAGCACACUGCAACAUCACGUGCCCAGCUGGUCGUUAUGGGCAGGACUGUGCCCGCGUGACACUGUGUGGAGAGGGGGCACAGAAUGAUCCUGUCACUGGCAGAUGUCACUGCAGCCCUGGGCGAAGAGGAGAGGACUGUGGACAAGGCUGUGCUCCUGGUUGGUUUGGAGAGGACUGUGCUAUCCUCUGUAACUGCAGUAACGGAGGACUGUGUGACUCUGUCUCUGGAAGCUGUACCUGUGGUCUGGGCUGGACUGGGGCUCACUGUGACACAGAAUGUCCUCCGGGGACAUUUGGAGGUCACUGCCAGCUGAAGUGUGACUGCUGGAACAAUGGCACCUGUGACAGGGUGACUGGAACCUGUCAGUGUGGUCCAGGAUACUACGGACAUCAGUGUGAACAUGCGUGCCCCCCUGGUCUCCAUGGCCCUCUGUGCCAACUCCAGUGUACCUGUCUGAACAAGGCGUCCUGCAACCCCUCCACUGGGUUCUGUGUCUGUCCUCCAGGGUACCAUGGCUCCCGCUGUCACAGAGAGUGUCAACAGGGCACGUUUGGUGUGAACUGUGCCAAGUCAUGUGACUGUGAGGAGGGCACGCCCUGUGACCCUGUGAGUGGCAGGUGUCUGUGCACCUCAGGCAAGACUGGACCCAGGUGUGACACUGCCUGCAAAGCAAACCGCUAUGGGCCAGACUGCACAGAGAGCUGUGUGUGUUACAACGCGGCUCACUGUGACCAUCGGAACGGCCGCUGCACAUGUCUCAACAGCUGGAUUGGACUCACCUGUCAGGAAGGUGGGCCUCCACGCCUCCCCUACAGAAGCAGGAGGGAGGAUAACGCACAUCUAGACAAUGCGUUAUAGCGCCCCCUUUUGGUCGGAGGCUCCAAUCACCAAUGAGCCUCCGACUGGAAGAGGCUGGGGCAGCAGCACAAGCUUCGCUGAAGCCGAACUGAAUUAAAAGGUUGGAUAUGAUUAUUUCAGACAUACACACCCCAAUGGGACAGGAUACUGCUGCACCCACAGGAGCUGGAUCACAGACAUGGAGAAAUGGACUCGAAGGAGAAAUGUUCUCAGUGUUUGCUUUAGGGUGGAUAAUGCUUUGGUGUGUGUGUAUGCUGUGAACUGUGCAGGGCUUUCAUUGUUUGUGUUCAUGUGCAUACUGUAUGCAUGUGCAUCUCCCACUCAGGCACGGCCUAACUCAUCAGUGAUGAGGUACGGUAUGUUGGGACCCCCUUUCUGGUAGUUAGAGGGCGGCCAGUGUUUACCAGGACUAGGAGCUCUAUUCAUUGUGUGUCGCUGAAGCGUUCAAUUUAAAGGUAAUGACCUAUUGGCCGACAUCUGCAGCGUUUCCCUUGCAUGCAGUGUCUGCUAAAGCAGGAACAUUGCCUUUAAAUUCAAAUCAAGCUGUACACACUCCCCCCUGGACAAACCACGCGGGAUAUAGAUGUGUUUGGCGACAGUUGCUGAACGUCCAACACUAACACUCAUUUUUUAUUUCAGAGCUUCACCGACUCACUAUUGUACUUGAUAUUUGUUUUGUAUACUAUGCAAUGCUAUACUAUUGUAUGUAUUUGUUUUGUAUACUAUGCAAUGCUAUACUAUUGUAUGUAUUUGUUUUGUAUACUAUGCAAUGCUAUACUAUUGUAUGUAUACUAUGCAAUGCUAUACUAUUGUAUGUAUUUGUUUUGUAUACUAUGCAAUGCUAUACUAUUGUAUGUAUACUAUGCAAUGCUAUUGUAUGUAUUUGUUUUGUAUACUAUGCAAUGCUAUACUAUUGUAUGUAUUUGUUUUGUAUACUAUGCAAUGCUAUACUAUUGUAUGCAUUUGUUUUGUAUACUUGGCAAUUCUGUAGUGUUUUAUGCUUUGGUUUUUGUCAUUUACCCCAGUUCAUGGAAUAUGUGGAUAAACAGUAUACAUGUGGCAUUAUUAUACAAAUCCCAUCACUUCUACAUCAUAUACUGUAAAUGAUUCAUUAUUAGAAUCUGUCCUUAUGAAUGAGCCAUCAGAGCCAACAUAACCCAGGUAUCUAUGCUUUUGGAUAGUAGUGUGAGGUGAAUCCUAUCAGACAAUGCAAAGUGAUUUGAGCACCUGAAAAAGCGCUUUCAAUUAUAUUUCCAAUCCAGUAUAAUAUUAUGAUGUCUAUUUGCAGUGAAUACCAUAAAGUUAUGUUUGAUAUUCUGUACUUUAUAUGAAGCGACUUGUUGUAAAAAUGUUGGUGCUUAUGGCGCUUUAAUCCACUAUAUGUUGACCAGAAGACAGUAUACUAUCUAUAUAUUGGUCAGUACAUUUUUGUUUACCAAAAUAUGUUUGCGUGGGCAAUUCUGAUUCAUAUCCUCAAAGUUUAGAGUUCACCCCAUUGGAUUGCACAAUGAUUCAGGAGACACAAUAUAACUUGAGCAGACAGUGGGCUCAGCCCAGUCAUGGUAAACAGGACCUUUUUGUUUUUUGUGUAUAAAGUGCUCUUUACAUAUAUUUAUAUUUUAUACAGUAUAUUGUAUACAGUUCAAGAUAAUGCAAUAGGUAAGUGUAUUCUGUCUAUGACUGGAGUCAAGAGGAUGUUCUAAUCGGGACACCUAGUAAAUAACCCAUAAAAUAUCAAACACAAUCAAUGAAUGAAAAAGUCAAACACAGGGAACUGUUUUUACAUUCUUAUUUUUUCAUUGUCAUUUCAUUAAAGACGAAGCUGUACAUCUGGUCUAAAUGCAGAUUGAAGCACAGUGCAGUUAGCAAUGCCUGCAAAUGAAAAGAAAGAAAAGGCAGAGGUGACCACAACCAUAAAUAUAAAGGUCAAACUAUGUACAUACAGGAGAUGACUAGCUAGGGCAUCAUCACUGAGAGAAGGUAGUCUGCCAUUGCAUUCAUUGGAGAGCAUUCUGCACAAUAUACACAAUACAAAUAAAUUGCUUAUUUUGUCUAUCUUUACACUGAUACAAUAUUAAGAGGAAAAUGCAGCAUGUUGAAAAUGAAAAUAAAAAGACACUUUUAUUCUC